AUGCCGGCAUUAAAGAAAAGGAAGAUUGCGCACGAGGGUUCAGAAGACUCUAAUAAUUCGAGUUCUUCGGAUCGCGAAAAUUCACCCGGAAAAGAGGUCUCCAACAAAGAGGCCCGAGAUGGAGAUGCUCGACCGCAGAAGACAUUUAAAGAUCUAGGAAUCAUUGAUCAAUUAUGUGAAGCCUGUGACACGCUGGGGUACAAGAAGCCUACUCCAAUCCAAGCUGAAGCGAUACCUCUGGCACUACAAGGUCGUGAUCUGAUAGGGCUUGCGGAGACUGGAAGUGGGAAGACUGCUGCAUUUGCUCUUCCUAUCCUACAAGCUCUCAUGGAUAAACCGCAAGCAUUUUUCGGCCUUGUAUUAGCUCCUACUCGCGAAUUAGCAUACCAAAUUUCUCAAGCCUUCGAAGCUCUCGGCUCGACAAUAUCGGUUCGCUGCGCUGUCAUCGUCGGAGGUAUGGACAUGGUACCGCAAGCAAUUGCAUUGGGGAAGAAGCCUCAUAUAAUCGUUGCUACGCCUGGGCGGCUACUUGAUCACCUUGAAAACACGAAGGGGUUCUCGCUACGGACGUUGAAAUACCUUGUCAUGGACGAGGCAGACAAACUCCUUGACAUGGAUUUUGGUCCUAUUCUCGAUAAAAUUCUCAAAGUUCUGCCGCGGGAGCGACGCACCUAUCUCUUUUCCGCCACCAUGACUUCCAAGGUGGAGUCCUUACAGCGAGCGUCUCUCAGCAAUCCUCUUCGAGUAUCCAUUUCCACCAGCAAAUACCAGACCGUCUCCACUCUCCUCCAGUCUUACCUCUUUUUCCCUCACAAACAUAAGGACAUUUACCUUGUCUAUUUGUUGAAUGAAUUCGUUGGUCAAUCGGUCAUUGUCUUCACCAGGACUGUUCACGAAACACAACGCAUCGCCAUUCUCCUACGAGCUCUCGGUUUUGGGGCAAUCCCUCUUCACGGGCAACUUUCGCAGUCCGCACGGUUAGGAGCCUUGGGGAAGUUCCGUUCUCGCAGCCGUGACAUUCUCGUUGCGACCGACGUCGCGGCAAGAGGUCUUGAUAUUCCUUCCGUCGACGUGGUAUUGAAUUUUGACCUGCCCCCCGACAGCAAAACAUACAUUCACCGUGUAGGACGGACGGCACGUGCAGGGAAGAGCGGGCGUGCUAUCAGUUUUGUUACGCAGUACGAUGUGGAGAUCUGGUUACGCAUCGAAGCUGCUCUAGGGAAGAAACUGAAAGAACACGAAAUCGAAAAGGACGAGGUCAUGGUCCUGGCUGAUCGUGUCGGAGAAGCGCAGCGACAGGCGAUCACGGAAAUGAAAGAGCUAGAGGAGAAGAAGGGUAGCAAAGGAUCAGUAUUGAAAGGCAAACGUGGGAAGGGUUUGAAGCGUAAUCGGGACGACAUGGAUCAGGAAGAAGGUUGA